UAGGAAAUGUGAAUUGUUUGUAACAUAUGUAUUUUUUCUUUCCUUAUUUUUUGAAUUGGCAUGGAACAACCAUGAAAAAUACACUCAUUUUUAAAGAAACCGCACACACCCUGAAUCAACAAAUAAUUUCUACUACUUAGUACAGUUUAACUUAUGGGUCUCUGCUGAGAAUAAACAAAUAAAUAAAUAAACUCACAUAAUGCCCAUAUACGAUGUAUUAUACUUGAAUAUGUUCCGAGUUGUGCUCAACCACACAUAAAAGGCAUAAACAUAAUAUACGUUUCUCACAUCUUUUCACUUGUAACUAUUCACUAAAUUUGCAUUUUAUUUUGAAAGUGUUAACAGCUUUAACCGGAUGUUCCUGUCUCUCCUGCUGUGGCGGCAGCAUGACUUUCUGAGCGCAACACACAGGUGCGGACAUGAAACGUGCCUCACACCGCGUGAGUUUAGCUGUGAACUUCAGACCGUGUGCUCUGGUCCUCUGCUCGGAAACCCGCACGUGACUCAGAGAGGUUCAUUCCUGCGCGUUCAUUGUUUGUCGGCUGUAAAAUGUCCGUGGUGACGCUUCAGCUGGGUCAGUGUGGGAACCAGGUUGGUCAGGAGCUCUAUGACGUCAUCUGCAGUGACGCGCAGGACGCACAGAGGAGAACGACACACACCACAGUCAGCUGUGAGCGCUUCUUCCACCAAAACAAACAUGGAGAUCUUGUGGCGAGAGCAGUGCUCAUAGACAUGGAGCCUAAAGUGAUAAAGCAGAGUAUGAAGAAGGCUGCAGAUUCAGGCAGGUGGAGAUAUGGAGAUGAUUCUCACUUCAGCCAGAAACAGGGUUCUGGAAACAACUGGGCUAAUGGGUUUUGUGUCCAUGGUCCUCGUCACAUAGAGGUGGUGGAGGAGCUGGUGAGGCGAGAGGUGGAGCGCUGUGACAGACUGGCUGGUUUCAUGACCAUGAUGAGUGUGGCAGGAGGAACUGGCUCUGGGGUCGGUACCUACGUCACACAGAGUCUCCGAGACGCCUACUCAAAGUCUUUCAUCCUCAACCACCUCACCUGGCCUUAUGGGACUGGAGAGGUGAUUGUUCAGAACUACAACUCAGUGCUGACGCUGGCUCAUCUCUAUCAGCUGUCAGACGCCAUCCUGGUGCACGAGAACGACACGGUGCACAGGAUCUGCAGUCAGCUGCUCAACAUCAAACACAUCUCCUUCAGUGACGUCAACAGGGUCAUCGCUCACCAGCUUGGCAGUGUGCUGCAGCCUGCACUCACUGCCGACUCCCAUGGUGUCUACAGUAGAAAUCCACUGGGUGAGUUGGUGAGCAGCCUUGCAUGUCACCCAGAGUACAAGCUGCUCAGUGUGUGCACGAUCCCUCAGAUGCCGAGUUCCUCCAUCGCCUACAGCACGUUCAGCUGGCCGGGGCUGCUCAAGCACCUGCGACAAAUGCUCAUCUCCAACAGCAAGAUGGAGGAUGGUAUAGACUGGCAGAUGCGUCCACCUUCAGCCUCUGAGCGAACCAGGAGUCUGACAGGAGCCAGCUUCAACACCUCCCUGGCCAACCUGCUCAUUCUGAGGGGCAAAGAUGUGUACAGUGCAGAGGCUGGUGGCUUUGAGGAUCCAGCUCUGUACACAUCCUGGCUGUCACCAGAAACUGCUUUCACGAGGUGGAAUUCACCUGUGCCUUUCAAUAAAUAUGAAAAAUCAGCCACACUGGUCAGUAACAGUCAGGCUCUGCUCAAACCCCUGGACAACAUGGUGAGAAAAGCCUGGAACAUGUUUGCCUCCAGAGCUUAUAUUCAUCAGUACAUCAGGUUUGGAAUCUCAGAGGAGGAUUUUCUGGACAGUUUUACGUCUGUGGAGCAAGUCAUAUCCAGCUACACUCAACUGUGCAACUAAGCAAGAGAAAGCCUGACCAGCACUACCUCUCAUGACUUUGUAUAUUUAGUUUAUUUAAAUGAAUAUGUAAAUAAAAUAGUUUGCUUCAAAUAAAUUAUUUCUUCACUGAAAA